AUGAGAUGUUGCCCAACAGAGGAGCAUUACAAGAAACCGGAAAAAGCGGGGUCAAAAGAUCCAUUAAAAUCUAAGGACAACAAUUCCACAUUUCGUUGUCACUUCUUUCUCAUUUUCCACUCGCUUCCCCCCUCCCCUCUCUCUCUCUCUUCCUCGCUCAGCUCCACCACUCAGCUCCACCACUUCAGAUCCAGGUCUAUUUAUUUUUGGAUACUGUAUUAGACUGAAGGCAUGUGAGCUUCUCCUUUUAUUCGGCUGAAAAAGGAACCCCAUUGCAAUACUGGCUCUUGGAGUAACUGGAUGACUCUGAGUAUGCAUUCAUUUUGAUUAACUAUGCAGAAGAAAUUGUUUAUGGUUGUAGCUUCUUAGUUUUCUACAAAACAUUAGUUCCUUGAAAGUCAAAUGGAAGAAAUACAGUCUCAGUCUGAUAACUACAGAUCAUCAUCUUCAUCAGCAAGUAGUCCAGCAAGUAGGGUGCCAUCAAGUAAUUUUUUCUAUCUGCGUAAACCUGGUUCGCUUAGACAACCCAUAUCUUUUGAGGAUUCACCAGACUGGGAUGACACAGAUAUUGAAGUUAGGGUGGAGGAAGGAGGUGACUCCAUCAAUGCUGCAACCACUCCAGCUUCCCCAUCUCUCUCAAAGCUUAAUAGUGGGUCAUUGCCCUCUCCUCCAUUGCCAGAGGGUGCUGUUGUUGCCAGAAAGAUUGCAGGGGCUUCAGUUGUUUGGAAGGACUUGACUGUUACCAUAAAGGGGAAAAGAAAGUACUCUGAUAGAGUUGUUAAGAGUUCAAACGGUUAUGCAUUACCAGGGACUAUGACUGUUAUCAUGGGUCCUGCCAGGUCUGGGAAAUCAACACUCUUACGGGCUAUUGCAGGAAGGUUGCCUGAUUCAGCUAAAAUGUAUGGCGAGGUGUUUGUGAAUGGAGAAAAAUCACACUUGCCAUACGGGUCCUAUGGAUUCGUUGAGAGGGAAACCACACUUAUUGGAUCCCUCACAGUCCGGGAGUUCCUUUACUAUUCUGCACUGCUCCAACUUCCUGGUUUUUUCUGUCAGAAAAAGAGUGUGGUAGAGGAUGCCAUUCUUGCUAUGUCGCUGGGCGAUUAUGCAAAUAAACUUAUAGGUGGUCACUGUUAUAUGAAGGGUCUUCCAAAUGGUGAGAGAAGGCGUGUCAGUAUUGCCCGGGAGCUUGUCAUGAGACCACAUAUUCUCUUUAUUGACGAGCCUCUUUAUCAUCUUGACAGCGUGUCUGCACUUCUGAUGAUGGUUACAUUAAAGAAGCUUGCUAGCACGGGUUGCACUCUUGUAUUUACUAUCAACCAGAGCAGCACAGAAGUUUUUGGACUCUUUGACCGAAUCUGCCUUCUUUCCAAUGGAAACACACUCUUUUUUGGAGAGACGUUGGCUUGUUUGCAGCACUUUUCAAAUGCUGGAUUUCCUUGCCCAAUUAUGCAAAGUCCUUCUGACCACUUCUUACGCGCAAUAAAUACAGAUUUUGACAGGAUCAUUGCUAUGUGCAAAAAUUGGCAGGAUGACCAGGGAGAUUUUUCAUCCGUAAAUAUGGACACUGCUGUCGCCAUACGCACCCUUGAAGCAACUUAUAAGUCAUCAGCAGAUGCUGCUGCUGUUGAGACUAUGAUCAUAAGACUCACUGAAAAGGAAGGUCCAUCUCUCAAAAGCAAGGGGAAGGCAAGCAAUGCAACACGAAUUGCAGUUUUGACUUGGAGAUCCUUGCUGAUUAUGUCAAGAGAGUGGAAGUACUACUGGCUUCGGCUAAUUCUCUAUAUGCUUCUUACAGUCUGCAUUGGUACAGUAUUCUCUGGAUUGGGGCAUUCCUUGUCAUCUGUUGUGACUAGAGUUGCUGCAAUAUUUGUAUUUGUGUCAUUUAGUUCACUUCUAAGCAUUGCUGGAGUACCUGCACAAAUGAAAGAAAUCAAGAUAUAUGCCUGUGAACAAUUAAACCAGCAUUCAGGAGCAUUGGUUUUCUUACUUGGGCAGCUUCUUUCCAGCAUCCCUUUCUUAUUCCUUAUCUCCAUUUCAUCCGGCCUUGUGUUCUAUUUCCUCAUAGGACUGCGGGACGAGUUCAGUUUGUUGAUGUACUUUGUACUAAAUUUCUUCAUGUGCCUCCUGGUAAAUGAAGGACUGAUGCUGGCUGUUGUUACCAUUUGGCAAGACAUGUUCUGGAGCAUAUUAAGUUUGGUUUGCAUAAACGUGGUAAUGAUGCUUUCAGCUGGUUACUUCAAAAUUCGAAGUGCUUUGCCCAGACCUGUAUGGAUGUAUCCGGUAUCCUAUGUUUCUUUCCACACUUACUCUAUACAGGGGCUCUUGGAGAAUGAGUACAUCAACACUAACUUUGCAGUUGGGCAAGUAAGAACCAUAUCCGGAUACCAGGCCCUUAAAAGUGCAUACGAGAUCUCUGCCGACAACAACUCAAAGUGGGGGAAUUUACUGGUGUUGUUUCUCAUGGCAGUUGGGUAUCGUCUUCUUGUGUUUGUUUUGCUUCAGUUUCGUGUGAGGAAGAAGCUUUCUUUGUGUAAACUUUUCCAGUGUAAUAAGAACACAGACAAUAAUGCAAGAUGAAUGAAAAGUAGAAUUUGCCUAUCUGGCUAUAAAGAUUUUGUAAUUGGUACCCCCUGGCCCUGCUGUAUUUGUACUAGUUGUUUGUUAGAGAGCCUGGAAUGGAAUGCAAUACUAAAAUAGAAGAGGGUUUUGACA